CUUAGGUUGAAUCCGUCAGUGUGUCAGUCAGGGGGAGUAGAGUCUAAGUGGUAAGGAGUGGAACCGAUUGACUGGUUGUGCACCAAUCACCAUGGUUGACACCCGUAGUGGGAAGAGUACUGCCCCCUCCGAGGCCGAGCAGGCCCGGAUUGCCGCCCUUUUGAGAGAGAGAAAAGAGAAGGAGCUCCUGAAACAGGCGAAGCUAAAGGCUAUCACAGAGGAGCAGGCGGCGGAGAAGAAGAGAUUGGAGGAGGAGAUGUUGAGGUUUAAGAAGGAGAAGAUGAUGUUGUUAGAACGAGAGGAAGAAGAGAGGAGAAAGGUUGCGGAAGAGGAAGCAGCAACAGGGGAAGAGGAAGAAGAAGAAGAAGAGCCCCUUGAAAGAAGACGUGGAGAAGGGAGAGGGGAGACAAGAGGCACAAAGGGAGAGGACGCGUGGACGGAGAAGAAGAUAACUGAGUGGGUGGCUAAUUUAUCGUUAGGGGAGGAUGAGGAGGCACAACUAUAUGUGCCGCAAGACGAGAAGGAAGCGUUUGCCAGGGAAUUGGAAACGAUAGAAGAUCCCUUGGAACGCCAGACGACAGAGGACGAGAAAAAGUUGGAGUGGAAACUGAGAAUGAUGAGGGAGAAGGAGAGGAGGAGAGAGGAGGCCAAUAGGGUGGCGAAAGAAGUUGAGAAGAUUCAAGCCUGUAGAGAGGAGGUGCAGGCACAAGCUGAGGUCCCUGCCAAAUUAGACAAGAUCCUGGGGUACCUAGAAGUCUUGAGCAAGGCUUGGGUAGAGGAACAUCAGGUCGUCAAGGGUCAAGAUGUGAUCCUGCACGCCAUCCGAUCUGGGCUUAGGGAGUUUGCGCGCGACGUGGUGACUCACGUUGGGACCGAGGUCAAAAAGAUGAAGGAAAGCGCACAACAGUUCUGUGCUGGCACCAUUGAGGGCGCCAAAGUAGUGGCUGCGGCAGAAGCCGAAGCAGGUCCCCGCAAGGACCCAGUAAAGCUCAAAUUUCCUGACGCAUACGGCGGGAAGGAGGAGGAGAAUUUUGAUAACUGGGAGGCUAGUGUUAAUAGCUAUGUGUACCUACAUCACAUCUUGUCCGAGGAACAAGUCCUCGUAGCCUUCCAGGCCCUGAAAGAUGAAGCUGCCAGUUUUGCUACGUCCCUCGCGCGCGCAGCCGGUUGUGAAAACAACAUGGUUGCAUACUCAAAGAUCACCUCACUUCCCCAGUUCCUCAAACUCCUUAAAAAGCGAUUUGCUGAUCCCGCGAGAGGCGUCAGAGCCUCUGAUAAGCUUCAGACCAUUCACUUGCGGCAGUGGAGGAGUGUGAAAAUUGUCAUGGAUGACUUGGUGGUCGUCCCGGAUCAUGGGGUCACAGAGACCCAAUUGGUCCAGUUAUUUAAUCGUGCCAUGCCAGAGCCCCUGAGAGGGCACUUUUUCGACAAGACCCAACAGCCCAACAUCACGUAUGAUUCGUUGAGUAGGGAAGUGGUCUUGUUUGAGGCCAAGUCUAUGCCAGUUUCCACUUUCUGGCACAAAGACUUGGACAAUGGCAAAAAGUGGAAAGGUUGUACCAUCUCAGGCCAGGUCAAGGCCAAGGAUCAUCUGAUCCGUACUUUAGACGAAGGUGGUACUGACGAGGUCCCAUACAGAGAUAAGAAGGAUGAGGCGCUUGACACUUGGUUGAGAACGGUUCCACUGUGGGUCAGGGCUAAGAGGAUGCUGGUAGAGGAGGAGGUGAUAACUGUUGCAUCCUACUUAGAGGGUUCAGCAACUCUCUGCCUUAAUGGAUUGGUGGCUUCCAAGGGUUUCGGCAAGAACAUGGGUGAUUGGGCGAAGACGCACACCCUGGAGAGCUUUAUGGACUUGGUAGAGGCGUGGUGGCACCACCCUCAGCAGGCGCAGAUAGCCACUGAUGGGUUAUUGGAACUUGAUGCUAGGAACAUGCAAACAGCAGCUGGUGCAGGGGUACAAUCUGCUGUGAGGGCAGCACAGACAUUCGGGAGUGAGCGAGUGAGUGGAAUAGGAGGAGGAAGACUCCAGGCGAAACUAUAUGGGGAUGAAACGGAUGCCUCCACAAAUAUCGAGAAAAACGAAGUGGAUGCACAGCAGUUUAUCAAGGAAUGGAGUAAUCCUAUGUGUGCAAGUGUGAGAUGCUCGUAUGAACCAAUUCUCUAUGCUGAUGUUGAGACAGACUCAAGGGCUAUAGUAGUGCAUCCUUUCGAUGACAUCUUAUGUUCAGCAGACAGCCAUGGGAGGAUCAGGUUAGGGGGAACCGACGCCCGGAGCGGAACGGCGUGUGGGACACAAAGGGAACGGGGGGAGCCGGAGACCGCCGCAAGGCGGAAGGACGGCAGGAGCACCAAGGGAGGAUGUGGUACAAGAGGGGCAGGAGUGUCGGGGACCACAUGGGAUCGGAAGACGAGGCGGUACCGGCAGGACAAAGAGCCGGGGACCAUGCGGGACCAGGGGACGGCGUGGUGCCGGCAGGGCRAAGUGCCGGGAACCGCGUGAGACCAAGGGAAAGACGUAAUGCAGGCGGGCCGAAGUGCGAGGGACCACGUGGGCCUAGAUAAAAUGGCGGCACCCGC